AUGAGGCUUAGUGUUGGUGUUAGUGAUGUCCUCGGAGGGAAAGCGGUGGGUUUGGGCCUGCAUUUCAGUCUUGGCGCUGCCAGCUCAAGAGCGGUUCCCAGCACCAGAGGAGCAGUGAGUGAUGAGAGCGUGUCUGCUUUCAGGUUUUGGUCUGGCCUGCUGAUUGCGUUGGGCUCUCUAUGCCCCAGAGGCUCACCGUGUGGCAUUUCAACACACGUAGAAAUAGGACACAGAGCUCUAGAGUUUCUCCACCUUCAGGAUGGGAGUGUUAACUACAAAGAGCUGUUACUUGAACACCAGGAUGCAUAUCAGGCUGGAACCGUAUUUCCUGAUGCAUUCUACCCCAGCAUCUGUGGAAGAGAUGGUUCUUUCUUUCUUUCUCAGAUUGAUUUUCAUGGCUACUAUGCUGAGGCACAUUCAGCUGGUGAUUUUGGAGGAGAUGUGUUGAGCCAGUUUGAGUUUAAUUUUAAUUACCUGACACGGCACUGGUAUGUGCCCGUCGAAGAUCUACUGGGAAUUUAUAAGAAACUCUAUGGCCGAGCAGUCAUCACCAAAAAUGUAAUUGUUGACUGUUCAUACCUUCAGUUCUUGGAAAUGCAUGGCGAGAUGUUGGCUGUUUCCAAGCUUUAUCCCACUUUUUCUAGAAAGUCCCCAUUUUUGGUGGAACAAUUCCAAGAAUAUUUCCUUGGAGGACUGGAUGAUAUGGCGUUUUGGACCACAAAUAUUUACCGUCUAACAAGCUUCAUGUUAGAGAAUGGGACCAGUGGCUGCAACCUGCCUGAGAACCCUCUGUUCAUUUCCUGCGGAGGCCAGCAAACCAACACCCAUGGCUCACAAGUACAGAAAAAUCAUUUUCAUAGAAAUCUGACUGCAUCCCUAACUAAAGAUCAAGGAAAAAAUAUAAAAUACACUGAAAGAGGAGUGGUCUUUAGUGUGGAUUCCUGGACCUCGGAUUCCCUGUCCUUUAUGUACCAAACUUUGGAAAGGAACUUACGGACGAUAUUUACAGGUAGCUCUCAGCAGUCACUGAAGCAUGUCUCCAGCCCCGUAGCAUCUUACUUCUUGUCAGUUCCCUACGCGAGGCUUGGUUGGGCAAUGACCUCGGCUGACCUCAACCAGGAUGGGCAUGAUGACCUGGUAGUAGGUGCCCCGGGCUACAGCCGCCCCGGCCACAUCCACGUGGGACGUGUGUACCUCAUUUACGGCAACGACCUGGGCCUGCCCCCCAUCGACCUAGACCUAGACGAAGAGGCCCACGGGGUCCUGGAGGGCUUUCAGCCCUCAGGCCGCUUCGGCUCGGCCUUGGCCGUGUUGGACUUUAACAAGGACGGGAUGCCCGACUUGGCUGUGGGAGCCCCCUCGGUGGGCUCGGAUCAGCUCACAUACAAAGGCGCAGUGUACGUCUACUUUGGUUCCAAGCGAGGAAGAAUGUCUCCUUCUCCCAACAUCACCAUCUCUUGCCAGGACACGUACUGUAACCUGGGCUGGACGCUCUUGGCUGCAGAUGUGAAUGGAGACAGCGAGCCUGAUCUGGUGAUUGGUUCCCCUUUCGCUCCGGGUGGAGGGAAACAGAAGGGGAUUGUGGCUGCAUUUUAUUCUGACCCUGGCAGGAGCGACAAAGAAAAACUGAACGUGGAGGCGGCCAACUGGAUGGUGAGAGGUGAGGCGGACUUCUCAUGGCUGGGGUACUCCCUUCAUGGUGUCAGUGUGAACAAUAGGACCCUGCUGUUGGUGGGGAGCCCGACCUGGAAAAAUACCAGUAGUCUGGGCCACACGUUCCACUCUCGUGAUGAGAAACAGAGCCUGGGACGGGUGUACGGCUACUUCCCGCCCAACUGCCAAAGCUGGUUUACCAUUUCUGGAGACAAGGCGAUGGGGAAACUGGGUACCUCCUUGUCAAGUGGCCAUGUAAUGCUGAAUGGCACCCAGACACAAGUGCUGCUGGUUGGGGCCCCGACUCACGAUGAUGUGUCUAAAAUGGGAUUCCUGGCCAUGACGUUGCACCAAGGUGGUGCCACUCGGAUGUAUGAACUGUCAUCGCUCGACUUGCAGCCUUCUCUGCUCAGCACCUUCAGUGGAGACCGCCGCUUCUCUCGAUUUGGAGGUGUUCUGCACUUGAGUGACCUGGAUAAUGACGGCUUUGAUGAAAUCAUCAUGGCAGCUCCCCUGAGGAUAUCAGAUAUAACCUCUGGGCUGAUCGGGGGAGAAGAUGGCCGUGUUUAUGUAUAUAAUGGCAAACAUACCACCUUUGGCGACAUGACAAGCAAAUGCAAAUCGUGGCUGUCUCCAUGUCCAGAAGAAAAGGCCCAAUACGUACUGAUUUCUCCUGAAGCAAGCUCAAGAUUUGGGAGCUCUAUGAUCACUGUGAGGUCAAAGGACAAGAACCAAGUUGUCAUUGCUGCUGGAAGGAGUUCUUUGGGAGCCCGACUCUCUGGGGCGCUUCACGUCUACAGCCUAGGCUCAGAUUAAAGAUUUUGCUCUUUGUU